GUAUAUAAACCCUCUACAGAAAGCUAGGGUUUUCUUUAGUUCUCUCUCUCGUUUCUAAAACCCUAAUCUAUCUUCUCAUCUCAGAACUCGCCCAAAAUCAUAAUGGCAGAAAGAGGCGGAGAUCGAGGCGGUUUCGGCCGCGGCUUCGGACGCGGAGGCCGUGGUGACCGCGGCCGCGGCGACCGCCGGGGUGGCCGGCGAGGCGGUGGCCGCCGAGAGGAGGAGGAGAAGUGGGUCCCAGUCACGAAGUUGGGCCGCCUAGUGAAGGAAGGGAAGAUCCGCAGCCUCGAGCAGAUCUAUCUCCACUCCCUCCCCGUGAAGGAGCACCAGAUCAUCGAGACCCUUCUGGGCCCACAGCUCAAGGACGAGGUCAUGAAGAUCAUGCCCGUCCAGAAGCAGACACGUGCCGGGCAGCGCACGCGCUUCAAGGCCUUCGUCGUCGUCGGCGACGGCAAUGGCCACGUCGGGCUGGGCGUGAAGUGCAGCAAGGAAGUUGCGACUGCGAUCCGUGGAUCGAUUAUACUCGCGAAGCUGUCGGUGAUACCGGUGAGGAGGGGUUACUGGGGUAACAAGAUCGGAAAGCCGCACACCGUCCCAUGCAAGGUCACUGGCAAGUGCGGGUCGGUGACGGUCCGGAUGGUGCCAGCCCCUCGUGGGGCUGGGAUUGUUGCUGCCCGAGUCCCGAAGAAGGUGCUGCAAUUCGCUGGGAUCGAGGAUGUGUUCACCUCGUCACGUGGUUCCACCAAGACGCUGGGAAAUUUCGUCAAGGCUACAUUUGAUUGCCUUUUGAAAACUUACGGAUUCCUGACACCUGAUUUCUGGAGGGAGACCCGCUUCACGAAAUCCCCAUUCCAGGAGUACACAGAUCUGCUGGCGAAGCCUACAAAGGCGAUCAUCCUUGAGGAAGUUGAUAAGUUAGAAGCUUAGCAGGCACGUGAGUGGAAGUUUCAGUUUUUCCUUACUCUUGGUUUCAAAUAUCUUAGGAUGUGAACCUUUGCCAAAAGACUGAUGAGUUUAAGCACUACAAGCUGAAUGUUUCUUUUGAUUGCAGAAGAUUUUUGGUCAAUUUUAUAUUAUUUCCUUACCAUGCUUUUGUUC